AUGGUCUCUGUUCGUAUUUCUGAAGAGCCAUUUCUCCGGGGACUUGAUCGCUGCAAGACCAACCUGAUCAGUCGCGCCACUGUACCAACCAAAACUCCAGAAUUGGUUCAGCAACUGAAAUCGCUUUGGUCUAAUCUCAAUCCUUGGACUGUAGCGCCGCUUGGACGUGGGUUUUUCAUGCUUCAGUUUAGCACUUUGAUUGACAUGCAACGAGUUUGGUCCUUGGGUUCUGUCCGUCUCAGCUCUGGGAUGCUUCGUUUAAUCAAGUGGUCGCCUGACUUCUCUCCACUAACGUACAAAAACUCCUUUGCCCAAGUAUGGAUUCGCUUGUGGGAUUUGAGUUUUGCAUACUGGGAUCAGCAAACCCUUUUCGAAAUUGCUUCAGGGAUUGGUACUCCUUUGAAGCUCGAUCCCCGUACAAAGAAUCGUACGAAUGGUUUGUAUGCCAGAAUCCUCGUUGAUGUAGACUUCUCGCAAUCGCCCCCGGAUAAACUUAGAAUAACUAGAGCGAAUGGUGAAGUGGUAAUAAUUGGAGUUGACUUUGAAUCUGUGCCGGCUGUUUGUAGUAAGUGUGGGAUUGUAGGCCAUGUUGCUUCCUCUUGUCAGGUUAUUCAGGGAGCUAGUAUUGAUAUACCAAAUCUGCGAGGACGGUCAGUGGAGCGAACUACUCGUAGGCGCCGUAAAGCUAGAUCACAUAAGAGUAAGCAGCGUGACUCUGGCCAAGCCCCUAUAUGUUCGCAAUCGGCGCAACCAUCUGAGUCAAGGAAAAAUAUUGCAGUUGAUUCUGCUGCAGUCCCAAUAUAUACAUCAACGCAGGUUGUAAUCCCAGGCUUUGAUUCCCUACCCUCUAUGCCGGAUGCGCGCACCAUUGCCCAUGUUUCUCAGCACAAUGCCUUACAGCAGACUGAACAGACUAUUGAGCAGUCUGCAGAACCCAUUAGGGCUCAGGCAGUAGACGUGCAAGUGCAAAGAGUAGAGGAAGUGCAGGCCUCCUCCUCGCUAAGUGUGCCUCCAGGUUUUCAAAGAGUUUUGCCGGGAACAUCACAAGAGUUGGUUCCCUUGGAUGAAGUGAGUUCUGCCUGUGUCCAUGCCGUGGAAGUGGAAGAGGGAGAGUUCACUCCAGUCAUCUCCAAGAAAAACAAAAAAUUGAAGAAAUAUGAGGCAGUCUUGAAGCCUAAGGCAGUUCUUCCCAGCUCUCUCUGGAAAAUGUUAAAUCUUAGUUUAUGUGCUACUAAUGAUCGGGGGUCACAAUCCCCAAAUCUGUGGUUGUUAUGUCCUAUUGAUGUCAGGCCCACCCUUCUCUCUGCAACUGACCAGCAGAUAACAAUCUCUUGCUCUCUAGAAGGUAUUACUUGUACCAUUACAGCAGUUUAUGCCAGAACUACAAUUCAGGGUCGACGUCAGCUAUGGCAUGAUUUGUCGGUUAUUCAUCAAAAUGGAAUUCAGGGGCCGUGGUUGAUGCUUGGUGAUUUUAAUUGUGUUCUUGGUGCACAUGAAAAACGGGGAGGAAAUGUGCCUAAUGCUAUAGCUUGUCGUGAUUUCCAGCAAAUGUGUACUUCUUGUGGCAUGCUAGAUAUUGACACCAAAGGAGUUUUCUAUACUUGGUCGAAUGGCAGAACUGAUGUUAGGCUUGAUAGAGCUUUUGGAAAUUCAGACUGGUUUGAAGCAUGGGCCACCAUUGAGUGUCGUGCCCUUACCAAGGCCUCUUCUGAUCAUCACCCUAUCAUGGUUUCUUGUUCUCGGCUGAAUUUUAUUCCCCAUGCUCCAUUCCGAUUUCAAGGUAUGUGGCUGCAGCAUCCGGGUUUUCUUGCUAUGGUGAGGGAUUUUUGGACUAGUCUUGCAGUUUAUGGUUGCCCAAUGUAUAUUCUAGCAACUAAGCUUCGCGCUUUGAAAGCUAUGCUAAAGGCCUGGAACAUUACUUCCUUUGGUGAUAUUAAUCAAAGAGUUAAAGCUUCUAGGGCUACUUUGGAUAGUGUGCAGCAAGAAAUUUCAGAUUUGGGGCCUACAGAGGACAGAAUUAGGUGUGAAGAGAUGGCCACUCUGAGCUACCAAACAGACUUAUCACUGCAGGAAUCUUUCCUGAGAAGCAAAGCACGUGUUCGUUGGUUAAUUGAAGGGGAUAGAAAUACGGCUUUCCUGCAUAAUCUGGUGAAGAUACGUCGCGUUCAUAAAUCUCUAACAUCAAUCAAAGUUGGUUCUCAAGUCUUUCAUGGCCAGGACCAGAUUUCUCAACAAGUGGUACACCAUUUUGAGGCUUUGUUCAGAAGGGACUCUACUAUUACUGACACAGGGUUAGUGAAUCGCACAAUUCCUGCCCUAGUAACUGAGGCUGAAAAUUUGAGUCUAACAACUAGACCCACAGUGGAGGAGAUUCAUGAGGCGGUUUUGAAUUUGGAUGGUUCUAGUGCGCCAGGUCCUGAUGGUUUCGGGGGUAUUUUUUUUCAGCAGUGUUGGGAAGUGGUUGCUUUGGAUGUAAUUGCUGCGGUAACUAGUUUUUUUGUUAAUGGCUUCAUUCUUCCACAUUUCAAUUCCAGCCUCAUUAUCCUUGUUCCCAAGAAGGACGAGGCUGAUAGUAUCUCAGAUUACCGUCCCAUUGCACUGGCAAAUUUCACCUUCAAGGUGAUCACAAAAAUCUUGGCUGACAGGCUCGGUUUGGUUGCUUCCAGAAUUGUAUCCUCCAAUCAAAGUGGCUUUAUAAAGGGUCGCUCUAUUGCUGAUCCUAUUAUCCUUACUUCUGAAUGUGUGAACCUUCUUGACAGGGAAAGUAAAUGGGGUAAUCUUGCAAUCAAAUUAGACAUCAGCAAGGCUUUUGAUACGUUAGAUUGGGCUUUUUUACUUCGGGUUCUUCAAGCUUUUGGCUUUGCUCCAACUUUUAUUUCCUGGAUUCACAGAGUUCUUCAGUCUGCUUGGUUGUCAGUUCAAAUCAAUGGUAACUCAUGUGGGUUUUUUCAAUGCUCACGGGGAGUUCGCCAAGGUGAUCCCCUUUCUCCUCUACUUUUUUGUUUAGCAGAAGAGGUAUUAAGUCGCGGUUUGUCUAAGAUGGUCUCAAAGGGUAAAAUCUAUCCCAUUGCCGCCCCUCGACGAGUUAACCCUCCCUCCCAUGUCCUUUUUGCUGAUGAUGUAAUGGUGUUUAUGCAAGGUAACCCUCGUAGUCUUCGUGCUCUUAUGAAAUUUUUGGAAGAAUAUGCCAUUAACUCGGGUCAGGUAGUGAAUAAGAAUAAGUCAUCUGUUUUUUUGGGAAAAUAUGCUCAGCGCCGCAAAGUUUUUAUUCAGCAUGUUUUGGGCAUCAGAGAAGGAUCGUUGCCUUUUACUUAUCUGGGGGUCCCUAUUUUUAAGGGAUGCCCUAAGCCGUCCUACUUCAGAGCCAUUGCAGACAAAGUGCGAUGCAACCUUUCUUCUUGGAAGGGUAAGCAACUCUCACAGGCUGCCCGACUUCAAUUAAUUUCUUCUGUUACUCAGAGUCAGCUCUUGCAUAGCUUUCAAGUAUAUUCUUGGCCGCGGCCUCUUCUUUUGAAGGUGCAACAAUGGACACGGAAUUUUUUCUGGUCUGGGGAUCCUUUAAAGAAAGGUUUAGCGCUUAUUGCAUGGGAUACUUGCUGUCGUCCACUUGAUCAAGGUGGGUUGGGUUUAAAGAAUUUAUUUCAUUUCAACCGUGCUCUGCUCCUAAAGAAUUGUUGGAACAUUGUCAAUUCCUCUUCCUCUUCAGCAGCCUUUCUGAGGGCGCGAUUCUUUUCCUCCGACCUGUGUCUUUUGCAGUAUUAUCAGCGUUCCUCUGUUUGGCCAGGCUUUAAGAAAUUAUGGGAUUCCUUCUAUGCAUCUGUUCAAUGGUUGGUGGGAGAUGGUAGUAGAAUUUCUUUUUGGUCAGACAAUUGGUUGGGUACUCCAAUCUCAUCCAUGCAUAGAAUCACGCCGGUGGUGCGGUCCCUUAUGCCUGUCAAGGUCAGUGAUUUCAUUAGGGACAAGCAAUGGGCAAUUUCUUCUACCUUUAAUUUUUUCUUCCCAGACCUUGCUUCAAGAAUUUCUAAAGUGGUAUUGCCUCUGGAGAAUGGGGUGGACCAGGUUAUUUGGCCACAUAAUGCUGCUGGGGUUUUAACUUCAAAGGAAGCUUUUGAUUUUAUUUCACCCCCUAAGCCGAAGGUAAACUGGUGCAAGUUGAUUUGGAAUAAAGCUUUGCAACCGCGAAAAAGCUUGGUGGCUUGGAAGGUUUUAAAUAAGCGGAUUUUAACAGAUGAUUGCUUAGUUCAUGAAUUUUGGGUUUGGCUUGCCUCUUUCUUCCGAAUCCGCCUGCUGCCAGAGAGGAAUAAAAUCAGGUUCCAAGAGGCUACUUUUAAUUUAGCAAGGUUCAAGCAUUGGUUUCUUACUUCUUUGAAAGAGUCUGCAUCCAUUCAUUUUAUGCCAUGUUCUAAUGCUUCUUCCAUGCAAGGCUUGUUUGCUGUUCUUGGCCUUUCUUCCCUUACUGUAAAGGCCCCAAAGUACGUUCCAGUGCAAUGGAUUCCUCCCCCAAUUCAGUGGUUGAAGGUUAACACUGAUGGUUCUUUUCGCAGCAUUGAGAUGGCAGGAUUUGGGGGGAUUUUCAGAGAUCAUGAGGGUCAUUUUAGAGGCGCUUUUGCCCAAAAAGUGGAAGCUCCGUGUGCAAUUGAUGCAGAAGUGUUGGCAGUUAUUGAGGCUAUGAGGAUUGCCUGGGCUAAGAGUUGGACUCACAUCUGGCUUGAAACAGAUUCUAUUCUUGUUGUUCAGUAUUUUACGAAUCCAACCUUGAUCCCCUGGAGGCUGCGGAUUGCAUGGUAUAACUGCUUGUAUCUCACUCGUAUGAUUCAUUUUAAGGUCUCUCACACUUUUCGGGAAGGGAACACCGUGGCGGAUGCUCUUGCUAAUCAUGGUGCGCUAAACGAGGGUUACAGUUGGUGGGAUGAUGUGCCUACCUUUAUAGCUAGGCCUUAUGGGCGGGAUUUGUCUUCUAUGAUUAACUAUAGGUUUCGUUGA